AUGGCAGCGGUGGGUGUGGUGGCCAGAGAUCAUGAAGGCCAAUUGAUUUUUACUGCUACAAGGCGUGUGCCUUUAUCAUCCCCUGAGUGUAUUGAGGCUCAAGCCGUUAGAUUUGCUCUUAUGUUGGCAAAGAGAUUCGGCUAUAGGAAGAUUUGGGUGGAGUCAGACGCGCAAGAUGUGAUCAAUACAAUUCUGUACUCGAAUAGUGGUAGAUUACCUAUCUUCUCUGUUUACAGGGAUAUCACCAUUUUUAGAGCCUCUUUUGAUUUGUGUGUCUUUUCUUAUGCGAAAAGGGUGUGUAAUAAUGUGGCUCAUUUAGUUGCUAGAGAGGAGGUGGGAAGUGAAUUGGAAAUAAUCCGGUUUGCCCCUUUCUCACAAAGUAUUGUAUCUCUUGCCACGAUGGACUUAUCUUCUUGA